GUUUGGUUGAGCCGGGCUGCAGCACCAGCGGACCAAGAGGGGCAGGUGAAGCGGAGCGGCGGCUGGAGGAGCGCUGGAUUUCGGAAACCGUACAUUUCAUGUUUCGUCUCGUACAUUUGGAGCUCAGGCAACACUGAACCCUUCUGGUUGUGCUUUUGGAUACGCCGGACCGCGCUUAUUUCCAUCUGCUGAACAGGAGGAGGCUAAACCAUGAAUAAGCUACGGCAGAGCUUCCGCCGCAAGAAAGAUGUGUACGUGCCCGAGUCCAGCAGACCGCACCAGUGGCAGACAGACGAGGAGGCAGUGCGCAGCGGCAAGUGCAGCUUCGCAGUCAAGUAUCUGGGCCAUGUGGAGGUGGAGGAGUCUCGAGGCAUGCACAUCUGUGAAGAUGCAGUGAAGAGGCUGAAGACGGACAGAAAGUUCUUCAAGGGCUUCUUUACAAAAGCAGGAAAGAAGGCAGUCAGAGCUGUAUUGUGGGUAUCAGCUGAUGGCCUGAGGGUCGUAGAUGACAAAACAAAGGAUUUGAUUCUGGACCAGACGAUAGAAAAGGUGUCAUUCUGUGCUCCUGACCGGAACUUUGAACGAGCGUUCUCCUACAUCUGCAGAGAUGGCACUACCCGCCGCUGGAUCUGCCACUGCUUCAUGGCCGUUAAAGAUUCAGGCGAGCGCCUGAGCCAUGCGGUAGGCUGUGCGUUUGCAGUGUGUCUGGAGCGAAAGCAGAAGAGAGAGAAAGAGUGUGGGGUCACGGCCACUUUUGACGCCAACCGUACCACGUUCACACGCGAAGGCUCCUUCCGUGUUACCACGGCAACAGAACAGGCUGAGCGAGAGGAGGUCAUGCGGCAAUUACAGGAUGCCAAGAAAGAAUCAGAAACGGUCACAGGGAGCACAGGCAGCAGCGUAGUGAAUCCAGUUGCAGCCUCCUCUCCUUCUUCUUCCCCACCCCUGCCCAUGGCCCCUCAGGAAGCCAAUCCCCACGCCAUCCCGCGCCGCCAUGCCCCUGUGGAGGCGCUGGCACGCCAGGGCUCCUUCCGUGGCUUUCCGGCCCUGAGCCAGAAGACCUCGCCCUUCAAGCGACAGAUGUCACUGCGCAUGAACGAUUUGCCGUCCACCAUGCAGCGCAAGUCUGACUUCCCCAUCAAAAAUACAGUGCCGGAGGUAGAAGGUGAAGGGGACAGCAUCAGUUCCCUCUGCACUCAAAUCACGUCUGCCUUCAGCGGCCCCCCGGAGGACCCGUUCUCCUCAGCACCCAUGCCCAAACCGGCCUCUUCCCCACAAUCUCCGGCUGCACCAGGGGGUGACUGGCCUAGUCCUACACCUGCAGUGGUGGCUCCUCCUGCGGCAAUUGCACCUCUCACAGUCCCCACAGCCUCUCAUAAGCGCACGCCGUCUGAGGCUGACCGCUGGCUGGAGGAGGUGUCCAAGUCUGUACGAGCCCAGCAGCCUGGGGCCAGGACCACUACUCCUCCCACCCAGCAGCCCUUCUCAGCACCCAUGCCUGUCCCUGUAGCUCCUGCUGCCCCUGUAGCCUUCAUGCCCCCUAUGCCAUCAGCUGUGCCCACUCUGCCCCCACACCAGCCUGCCUUUCACGCCCAGACCCCAGCCUCGUAUCCAAUGGCCAACGGGCUCCCCUACGCCCAGCCAAGUGUGCCCGUGGUCGGCAUCACGCCUUCUCAAAUGGUGGCCAAUGUCUUUGGUUCAGCUUCGCAGACCCAGCCAGUGCCAGUGCCUGCACCUGUUCCCCAAACCCACACACUACAGCCCUCGCCUUUCUCUACUCCGCCUCUGGCGCAACUGGAUGCCCGAGGUGUGGGCAGCCCAUUUGGCAAACCCCCCUUGCCUCCAGUGGCAAAUCCGACAGUGUUUCAGCCACCCAACGGUAACGCUACAUUCAAUGGCGCUGACAGCUGGCCGGCUACCUCCUCCUCAGCCCCUCCUCUGCCAGCACAGCAUCAGGCCGACGCCUUUGAGGCUCAGUGGGCGGCCUUGGAGAGCCGUUCAAGGCAGCGCACCACCCCUUCACCCACAAACCCCUUUUCAAGUGAGCUCCAAAAGACCUUUGAGAUCCAACUGUAAAAAAUCAAAAAUACAUACUAUGGGGUGCGUGAGAGUCAAGAAGCUGGCAUAGACACAUGAAGGAGAAAAUGGAUGGUUGUGAGAGGGUUGUGGGGAGGGACUAAGAGAGGGGACCCCUUUGACACUCAUACCACUUCAGCUGAAUAUUUCUGUCUCAUCCCCUUGCUGUCCAUCAGUCUGUGUCUAGUGUUAAGUGUGAGCUGACAGGGAGGCGCUUCAGUGGAAUUCAGAGGCCAGCAGUAAACGUGGGGAGAAGUCAGUAAUACGCAGCUACUCUUUUCAUUCUGUCUGGUGCAACUGCGUCCGUAUAGGAGAUGGAAGUGGAUUGAGAGCUGAAAAUGCCUCUUGACCUUUAAAAAGAAAAAAAUACAGCCUGAUUUGGAGACAGACCCCUGCAGCUAUACAUUCUUGAUUUCUCAAUCCUGCCUCCAUGUCCUUAUCUCCCCAUAGUCCAGCUCACAGCACCCCCCCCACCCCCCAAAUGUGGGGAAGAACGACUGCUCCUCCCACCAGAAGGACAGAGGCACUGAGAGAAGAACUGAGCUUCCAGAUUUGAGAAGUUUUCAUAAAACUUCCUAAUCAGAAGAAGAAACGAGAGAAUGCCAAAAUCUUUAUUUUUAUGCAUUAAGUAUAUUUUAAAUAGCUUUGGAAUAUAACAGAAAAGUUGUAAGUAAUCUUGCCAAAGGUGCAGGCUAGCUACAGUGGAAAUGAUUUUGUGUGUAUACAGGAAAUGAACAUAUAUAGAUAUAUCUAUAGAAAUUUAAAUAUAUAUUCAUUAUUAUACACAUUGAGGUUUUAACUUGUAUGUGUUAUAUAAAGAGAGACUGAGAGUGAAGGGAGUUUU